AUGCAUUGGAGAAGCCUUCCGGGGGAUUUGGUAGAGGAUAUACUCUCUAGGGUUUCUGCUAUACCUUUGGUACGACUCCGAGAAACAUCGAAACAAUGGAACGCUAAAUUGAAAAGUGGGAGCUUCGCUAAGAUGCACGCUGCUCAUGCACCAAAGGAGGAGUCUCUGAUGAUCACGUUGAUUGAUCAUAGGGUUUGCUUAGUAAAGAUCAACCUCCAUGAUCCAUCUGUUAAGGUUGCACCUCAUGCAUUAUACCUGAAAGAUCCUCUUUCUGAUUCUUCCAAAGAAGUCGACAUACGUAACGUUUUUCACUGCGAUGGCUUAUUGUUAUGCACCACAAAGGACAAGAGACUCGUGGUUUGGAAUCCAUGUUCAGGGGAAACCAAGUGGGUUAAACCUAGAGACAGCUACAAGAAAACCGACUACUGUGCUCUCGGUUACGACAACAAAUCCUCCAGCAAGCAAUACAAAAUCUUGAGGUUGGAUCGUCAAGAUAGACCAAAUAAGAACGUGUACGAGAUUUAUGACUUCAACUCUAAUUCGUGGCGUGUUCUUGGUGUGGCUACUGAUUGGUUUUUAGCAAAAUAUCGUCGUGACAUAUCUGUGAAGGGAAAUACUUAUUGGGUUGCUACUCAAGCAGCAGAGAAGCCAUACCAUGAUUUCAUACUAAGCUUUGAUUUUUCAACCGAGAUGUUCCAAAAUCUGUCUCUUCCUCAUCCUUUUCCGUAUGGUAUAUCGUCUUUAUCAGUGGUGAGAGAAGAGCAACUUUGUCUCUUAGGUGCUAAACGUCACAUGCUUUAUAUGGAUGAUGGUGCAAGUUUUUCAGAUUUACAAACGAGCAGAACCAAGUUGUAG